AUGUCACCAUUCGCAGGUAUUAAAGAAUUACCACCAGAUCCAUUAUUCGGAUUAAAGGCCCGUUACAAUGCUGAUUCCCGUUCUGAUAAAGUCGAUUUGGGUAUUGGUGCUUACAGAGACAACGAUGGGAAACCAUGGAUCUUACCAGCCGUCAGACAAGCCGAACAGAAAUUAAUCAAUUCCCCAGAUUACAACCACGAAUACUUGUCCAUCAGUGGGUAUGAACCAUUCACUAGUAGUGCCGCUAAAGUCAUUUUGGGAGACAACUCCUUGGCCAUUAAAGAUAACAAGAUUGUUUCUCAACAAAGUUUAUCUGGUACUGGUGCUUUACAUGUUGCUGGUGUUUUCAUCAAACAAUUCUACCAAGGUAACCAUACUAUUUAUUUGUCCCAACCAACUUGGGCUAACCACAAACAAAUUUUUGAAACUAUUGGUUUCAAAGUUGCUAGUUAUCCUUACUGGAAUAACGAAACCAAAUCAUUGGAUUUAAACGGAUUUUUGAAAGCUAUUGAAUCUGCUCCACAAGGUUCUAUUUUCUUGUUACAUGCUUGUGCCCACAAUCCAACUGGUUUAGAUCCAAGCCAUAGCCAAUGGAACGAAAUUUUGACUGCUUUGAAUAAGAAACAACACUUGGUUAUUUUUGAUUCUGCUUAUCAAGGUUUUGCCAGUGGUGAUUUGGAAAAAGAUGCUUAUCCAAUCAGAAAAGCCAUUGAUUCCAAACUUAUCACUUCUCCAAUCAUCAUUUGUCAAUCUUUUGCUAAGAAUGUUGGUAUGUAUGGUGAAAGAGUUGGUGCUAUCCAUGUCAUUGCUUCAACUGAAGAAUCAAAUGAAUCUUUAAACAAGGCUAUCAAAUCUCAAUUGAACAAGAUUAUCCGUUCGGAAAUUUCUAAUCCUCCAGCUUAUGGUUCUAAGAUUGUUGCUACCAUUUUGAAUGAUCCAGAAUUAUACUCUCAAUGGCGUAAAGAUUUGGUUACCAUGUCUUCAAGAAUUGGUAAGAUGAGAGAUACUUUAAGAUCUAAAUUGGAAAGUUUAGGUACUCCAGGUACUUGGAACCACAUUACUGAUCAAACUGGUAUGUUUUCAUUCACUGGUUUGACCCCAGAUAUGGUUGAACGUUUACAAAGUAAGCACGGUAUUUAUUUGGUCAGCAGUGGUAGAGCUUCUGUUGCUGGUUUGAAUGAUGGUAAUGUUGACAAAGUUGCUAAAGCUAUUGAUGAAGUUGUCAGACAUUUUGGUAAGAGUAAACUUUAG